UCUUUGCAGCUCUACCUAUCACAGUAUGGAUAUUUGGCACCAUCUCGAGGAAAUUCUAGUCAUCUUACAGACGAGCGAUCGUAUAAGAAAGCGAUAGAAGAUUUUCAAUCGUUUGCAGGUUUGCAAAUUACGGGUGAACUAGAUAAUGAAACACGACACACGAUGGCAUUACCCAGAUGUGGGGUGAAAGACAAAGUAGGCAAUAGUGAUAGAGCGAAACGAUAUGCGUUACAAGGAAGCAGAUGGAAAGUGAAAGACCUCACCUACAAGAUAGCGAAGUAUCCCAGUAAACUGAAACGAGCCGACGUCGACAAGGAAAUCCAGAGGGCUUUCAACGUUUGGAGCGAAUACACUGAUCUCACGUUCACCCCAAAAACCGGACAGGUCCAUAUCGAAGUGAGAUUCGAGUCGGGAGAACACGGCGAUGGAGAUCCUUUCGACGGACCUGGUGGCACCCUAGCUCAUGCCUAUUUUCCAGUAUUUGGUGGCGACGCACACUUUGAUGCAUCCGAAGCGUGGUCGAUAAACAGCUACCGCGGCACCAACUUAUUCCAAGUUGCAGCUCACGAAUUCGGCCAUUCCUUAGGCCUAAGUCACUCUGACAUCAGACAAGCGCUCAUGGCUCCGUUCUACAGAGGCUACGACCCUGUCUUCAAUCUGGACACGGACGAUAUAGACGGCAUCCAAGCCCUCUAUGGAAAGAAAACGAAGAACUUUGUAGGAACACGUUUCGGAGACGACGAUGAUCAAGAAGGAGGAGCUGACGAGAGUCACGACACGCCAAGCAGGACACCUAGUGCUUCUGAUCAAAGCCUCUGCAGCGAUUCUAAAUUCGACACGAUCUUCAAUUCAGCCGAAGGGUAUACUUACAUCUUCAAGGGCAACAAAUACUGGAGGUUGACUGAGGAUAGUGUCGCUCCUGGGUACCCGAAACUCAUUGCUGAUAACUGGAUCGGAUUGCCAGGAGAUAUUGAUGCAUCUUUCACCUACAAGAAUGGAAAGACUUACUUCUUCAAAGGAUCGAAAUACUGGAGGUAUAAGGGCAAGAAAAUGGAUGGUCCUUACCCCAAGGAUAUUUCCGAAGGCUUCACAGGGAUCCCUGAUGAUUUAGACGCGGCUUUGGUAUGGAGUGGCAACGGAAAAAUCUACUUCUAUAAAGGCAGUAAAUUCUGGAGGUUCGACCCCACUCAAAGACCACCAGUAAAAUCAACGUACCCUAAGCCAAUCAAAAACUGGGACGGAGUGCCUGAUAAACUCGAUGCUGCUUUCCAGUGGACCAACGGCUAUACUUAUUUCUUCAAGAAUGACGUAUACUAUAGGUUCAACGAUAGAGCAUUUUCUGUUGACGCAACAAAUCCCGCCUUCCCCAGAUCGACAGCCUAUUGGUGGUUUGGUUGCAAAGAGGCGCCCAAAGGCACCAUUGGCACUAGUGAGUCUAAUGGAUGGUUGGUUGAUGAAGAGAGCUCAAACAAAUAUAAUUACAUAGAUGAUGCCAAUAAGGAUACAGAACACUACCGACAGUUCCCUAGGCAGUGAAGCCCAGCUGCAAACCAUUUUUAUAAGUGAUCAUCACGAUAUGCUGGAUGGAGCCGAACCUCAACCGAGAUCUGGUGGAAGCUCUAGUAGUUCUAUCACGAUAUCGCUGACAUUAACAAUGAUAUUGAUGAUAAUGCAUCUGGCUGGUGUUUCAUAGAAUUUUAACGAAGUUAUCUCUUCGUUUCAUAAAUGAAGAGUGCUUUGACUGAGACUUUAACUAAUGUGAUUUCAAUUGAUUAGUUCUUAAGAAAAAAUAGUAUGACUUUAGGAAUCUGUUGGAGCCAAAUGAUCAUCUAAUUGUUGCUGAGAUCAUUGAUUCAUAAAUUGAUUUUUUUCGUGCGAGAAGUAGUAACUAUAUUAAUAGUUCCUCAAUCUGGAGGAAGCGACCAAAAUAUUAUUACUUUUGUAGGUAGUUGAAUAUGUUUCAGAAUAUAAUAGAAAAGCAAAUGAUUGUUUCUCAUAAUUCUCAGAAUUAUAAUUCUUCAGUGCAAUGUAACCAAAAGUUGUCAACUCAUUGAGAAUUCAAAAACUCGAUUAUUUUAAUCAUAAUAAAAUGAUACCUCUUCCAAAGUACAUUUCAAAAUGUAUUGUUGUACAUACAUACUUAAGGCACUGAUCAUUAUUUUCAUCAUCAUAUUUGGACAAAUCCAAGAUUUUAUUCUAUCUUCAUCAUUUUAAUCUCUCCAGAUAUGAUCUGAUGUAUGAUAUUUUCAGACGCCCACCAGUUCUUUUAUUCAAAUCUUUAUUAAAGCAAUAAAAUAUAUAUUUUUAUUGA